AUGGACUCACCUUUUCUUUCCAUUGCCGAAGAUUUAUUAAAAGCCUUAAAAGAAGGAAUAAUUGGAAAAAAUAGUGGUAAUGGAACUAGAAAGAAUGACAAAUGUGCUAAAACAUUUGUUGACUCUGUCUGUACUGAACCCCCAUCAUGA